AUGGCCAUAAGGCCCUCCUUGGAAUUCACCAUCUCUCACCACCACCACAACCUACUCUCUCUCUUCCUCGCACGCCCUCAGCCUGCUCUCUUCUCCUCUCACCUCCUCUCGGUUUCUCAGUCCUCGCGCCCUCUCGUCCGCCGUAUCGCGUCGUCGGCGACUCCCGUUCCUCACCGCCAUACGACGUCGCACCGCCCACCGAGGCCGCUUAAUCCUUUCCCAGAAACCCUGGCGCAGAAGAUCUGUAAAUCGAUUCGCCGCCCUGGCGCCGCCUCCAAGGCUAGGAUUUACUCCGAUGUCAACGUGAUCCGACCCAAGGAUUACUGGGACUACGAGUCCCUCACCGUCCAGUGGGGGGAGCAGGAUGACUACGAGGUGGUGAGGAAGGUUGGGAGAGGAAAAUACAGUGAGGUGUUUGAGGGGGUUCACUGCACCGAUAACGAGAAAUGUGUUAUCAAGAUUCUCAAACCUGUUAAAAAGAAGAAGAUUAAGAGGGAGAUUAAAAUAUUGCAGAAUCUUUGUGGAGGACCCAACAUUGUGAAGUUGCUUGAUAUUGUCAGGGACCAGCAAUCAAAGACCCCUAGUCUCAUAUUUGAAUAUGUGAAUAAUACAGAUUUUAAAGUGCUUUAUCCGACGCUCUCAGAUUAUGACAUACGAUAUUAUAUCUAUGAACUUCUCAAGGCUUUGGAUUAUUGCCACUCGCAAGGUAUUAUGCAUCGAGAUGUGAAGCCCCAUAAUGUUAUGAUUGAUCAUGAGCAGCGUAAGCUUCGCCUUAUAGAUUGGGGCCUUGCCGAGUUCUAUCAUCCUGAGAAGGAGUAUAAUGUUCGUGUUGCUUCAAGGUAUUUCAAAGGACCUGAGCUUCUUGUUGAUUUACAAGAUUAUGAUUAUUCUUUAGACUUGUGGAGUCUUGGUUGCAUGUUUGCUGGAAUGAUAUUUCGUAAGGAGCCAUUCUUCUAUGGACAUGAUAACUAUGAUCAGCUAGUCAAAAUAGCAAAGGUACUUGGGACAGAUGAAUUAAAUGCGUAUCUGCACAAGUACCGAAUAGAGUUAGACCCACACCUUGCAGCUCUCGUUGGAAGGCAUAGCAGGAAACCAUGGACAAAAUUCAUUAAUGUUGAUAAUCAGCACUUAUCGGUUCCUGAGGCUAUUGACUUCGUAGACAAGUUGCUGCGUUAUGAUCACCAGGAAAGGCCAACUGCAAAAGAAGCAAUGGUAAAAUCCUAG